AUGGCGGUUGAAAGAGUUAAUUGGGUGUCCAAGGACAUCACUCGUAUGAUUGAUUCGAGAGAGCAGUUAACCGUCCCUGAACUAAGAUUACUUCGGAAUCAAGUCCAAGGCAUAAUACUCCCUGAGAAAGUAGGUUUAUAUCCUCAAGAAGAUGACCGAUCAAGGAGAAAUAAGAGGGCUAGGUCUCCUUCCUCUAGAGACGACUCGGAUACUCCCUCCCGUGAGCAAGCUCCAUCAAAGCAAGGAAAAGGCGGCAAAAAAGGAGGUCGUGCUGGAACAAGUGCUCGAGGUGGAUCAAGUGCUCGAGGUGGAAAAAAAGAAGGCCGUGGUGGAACAAGUGCUGCUCGAGGUGGACGUGGUGGAGGUAAAAAGGCUCCCACUCAAGCUGGUAAGGGAAAAGGAGGUAAAGGAGGUAAAAAGGCUAGAGUUGUAGAACCAAUUGUUUAA